AUAUCUAAUUCUAAGAGAGUUUUGAGUUCUGUUGUAUCUUGGAGGAUUUUAAAUCCUUAAGGAGAGUGAGAUCACGCUUCAGAACAAUCUUUUAUUCUUUUGCUAUUUAAUAUUUCUUAACAAUCUUAAGGAUUUAAAAUUCCAUAUGGCUCUUCCUAUGAACGCCAACAUCAAGUUGUUGAAUCUAGAUGCAGUUAGAUUGGAUAGGUUCGAUGGCACCAACUACAUGCGUUGGAAGGAUAAGAUGACUUUCCUACUAACAACAUUGAAGGUGUCAUACAUUCUUGAUCCAAAAUUGCAACCUAUCCAAGCAUCGAAGGAAAAUGAUUCUGAAGCAGUGAAGAAUGGAAGACUAAAGUGUGAGGAAGAUGAACUCAUAUGUCAUCUGGUUUCUUCUCCGGUGAAACUUGCUGUCGCUGUUCUUUCGUCGCGGUUUUUCCGUCGCGCCCCUUGUUCUCCACUCCGCACCGGUGCAGUGGGUACAUUGCAUUGUUCUUUGUUGAUCCUUGCCUUUUGGUACAACCUCCAGCCAGUGUUGUCAAAAUCACGUUUUAUAUCAUAAAAUCUUAAGAUUUUACGAUGUUAGUUAUGGAUGCCGAGUAAAAUCGACUUUAAAAUCGGAUUUUCAUAAAAUCGGAUGAUAAAAACGUAAAAGCACGAUUUUUUCGUAAAAUCGUUUGAAAUCUCGAUUUCACUUUCACAAAAAUUGAAGAAGAGAUUUCCAGAAAUUUGCCUCAAGGGAGGGAAAGAUUUUGGACUGCUACGGUGCCGGCGUGUCGCUGUUCACUGCCAUUGCUCACAUCUCACGCACUGGCGGGAUGGAAAUCUAUUUGGUGACCCCAAUCAUGUGGAGCCAACCUUAAAUAAUAGGAUUUGGUUGUUGCUGCUCACUUCUCAAGCAAAGAAGGAUAAAAUUUGUUGCCAGAAAAAGAAGUAGAUAAGGAUCAGGAAGCGAGCUUGAAUGUAGAAAAAUGGUAGAAAAAGAAAGAAGAUGAUAAGGCGAAGAAGGUGAAACUGUGAAACAAUGGAGGGGUACUUCUUUUAGUGGGUAGAAUGUUGACACGUGAUUGGUGUUGGGGUUUGUGCAGUACUAGCUGUUUUUUGGGCAAUGUUAGCUGCUAGGGGCACUCGCCUCCUGCACUCUCCAGCCAACACAUGCUUCUUU